AUGUUCUCCUCCGUUAUUGGCGGCCUGCGCCAUCCACAUGGGUCUUCUAUCUUGAGCGCGGCAAUUGAAAGCAUUAAGGUCCUCAGAGAUAAGCGAAGAUGCGAGCUUUUGCAUCGCGCGAUCUCCCUCAUAGAUGAGGGCCUUUCAGACAGUUCGACAACCACAGCGAUUUGCCGUUUGUCUUACCUUCUAUUCUCGCCAGAAAACCCAGAACCCAAGGAGCUUGCAGAAGCUACAGAGGCUGGUCACUUGUUCUGGAAGGUCAUAAGAUGUAUCUCGACCUCAUCUAACAGUUCAGAUAAGACGUCUUCUUUAGCAUCCUACAUUGCAUGUUCUUCUAGCCAAGUCACUGCCACAGAAAAGAAGUUUUUCUCGAUCGCCUUACUUACAGACGACGCCCUCACAAAUGAAAUGCUCAUCGCUGCGGCGGCCAACUUGUAUCCGGCGCUCUUUUGCGAAUACGUACUUGUCCAGCUACCAGAUGCAUACAAGGACGAGUCUAUAGAAAUGCUAGAGCUUCUUAGGACACGAGCGGGGGUCACGCACGGCCACUUGGAGGAUAUCCUGUCCAUUCUUCCGCAAGGCACACUAACUGAAGAUGAAAUACUACAAUUAAAAGAGGCAGUCACUAGUUCCUUAGCGUCAGCGUCUAAUGUGACGUUCAGUGCUUAUCCUACCCCUUUACUUCCAGUUAUUUCUAGGCUACUUUCCAAGGCCCGUCCAUACUCAAGGGAGCACCCUGCUAUGUAUUCUUCCAAAGGGAAUCCUCUUUUGCGUAUCCUAUACCGCUCACUUCUUCAACUGGAUUCACAAAAACAGACAUCGACGAUUCCAGGCCCCUGGCUUAUGAUUCAGCUUGUUUUAGCGGCCGCCUAUGCGGUAAAGCUCCAGAACAAGGUCUGGGCUGACACACUUCUCCAGCGCCUCCUUUGUAUUGUUCCAGCUCUCGAAGGUAAGUAUUCUCGCAUUCUAGGGCUUUGUGCACUCAUUCACCUUGCAACCUCCUAUGACACUGACAAUAGUUUACAUGCUGUGCUCACUCCCCUUACUCUCGAUGAGAUCAAGUUGUUUCUUACCAAGGUGGAAGAGUGGAUGAAGAUGGACAAGUCUUCCAUCGUUCUUCGAACGUUAGCGUUUCAAGGGGCAAUAUCAAUUAUAAACUCCGUGAAAUCUCAGGAUCAGAUCUUACUCGCGCAGCUAGCCCCAUCACUCCUUUCCGUAGCAGCUGGAAUACAUCACAAUAUAGGAACCUUCAUAAACAUACUAAACGCAUUUGCGGCCGAACUACUGGAGUUUCAAGGGUCCGCUAUUCUGUCAACUCUUUUUGAUCUCCAGACAGCUGGCCUUAGCGGCGUCUCAGGGCUCCUACGUGUUGCAGACGAUGUUAGGUCCUUGGUGCCCCAGGCAUCUAUCCCUCUAACAACAGACUUGCACGCACAACUGCAACCAGAUCUCAGUUGGCGUCAGGCUACACUGGAGUUAAUUAGAAAAGAAAAGUAUGGCUCUAAAUAUGGACCACGCUUGCUUUCAUCCCCACUGUUUCAGGACCUACUUCAGCUUCAUGCGUUCAUAGCCAUAAACGUCAUCUCUUUCUACCGGUUCACAAGUGCUUUGGAGACCUUUCUUUUGACUUGUUGCGUUGCUACUCCAAACAAUGACUCUGCUUCUAUACUCCUACGUGCUUUAGAGUCAGACCAGGUUAGUGAAGAUUAUAACGGUCCUACAUCUUCCGAAGCGUCCUUUUCUUCCAAUUUCUCGACAAUCCUUGAUGCGUACCUAAGCGCCGGCGAACACCUUUUCGAAGUUAUUUCCACCAUCUACGAUCUGUCGUCUGGCCUCAGCUCUAACAUCAAAGCUCCUGCUCCCCCAAGGCUUCUGCCCUCUACUCUAAGGAGGCUGAGUGAGCUCUCCAUUCUUCCUGACACGUUUGGGUAUGCAGAGUUUUUCAUUGUCGCAGCAACAGCACGCGUUCUAGUAUCCUUAUACCUGCAAGACACAAAGAUGGUGAGCAACAGAAUAAGGUUCUUCCCCAAGAAGGCAAAGAUUAGUUCCAUUGUCUUACUCAUGGGACUCUACCUUCUAUCAGAUAUUCCAGAGUUUUACCGAUUUUCGCCUGAUUGUGCUUCGUUUCUCAAUAUGAUCCUUCCUUUGUGUAUUAAUCUUCCGCUGGGAAAGCGUAAAUAUCGGGAAAGCGUACUUGGUAAGCAUGGUGGAAGCCCAUGCCACAGCUCCACUAAUGUCCUUGAAGAUGCAGAAUGCUUUUCGCAGCAAUCCUUACUGUCUUAUUCAGACCUCAGCUACUCGGUUAGGAGUGAUGGGGACCCCCUUAGGUUCCAUCGCAUAAGCCUUGUUCUAGCGCAUAUUUUAUACACGGCAUUAAGCAAGCAGCUAUGUGAUCUGGCAUUGGUUGAUGACUACCUCCUUAUUAUGGUGUAUAUCUCUACUGGAGUAUUUUCGUCAACCGACUCGUCCAUUGAGUCCAUGGACACAGGCUCUUCCGAUUUAGAUGAAUCCCAGUGUCUAUUGCUAAGCUUAACAUCUUCCUGGCUCAGCCCAGCACCUAUUUGUAAGGCUCUCCUCGUCUUCUUGUUUUCUAAUAAUAUGCCACUGAGCCUAUGCUCAGAUUAUCCUGGAAUGUUCAACUUUUUAACGUGGAACGCAAAGCUGAUAGCAAUCAGACUUCUGGAUAGCACUCUAGAUCUGCUUCCAGACUCUGCACGUCGAGAGGUUAUCCUGUCCUCCAGGCUCUACUUCCAUAAACUCUUUGUGAUCCUGACUGAGCUACUACUGAUUCCUCUUCAGCCUUAUAUCUCCACAUUGCUUUCAUUCCUGCAUAAGAUCUCCAACUGUCUUCUAAGCCAAGAUGAUGUGUCUCUUGCCAGUUCCCUCGGAGUCGCAGUGACAUUUCCAGAUGAGCCUCUAGAGCUUGUCGAGUGCACUAAGAAGUGUAUGACUGUAUCAGAUAGAAUGUCUGAGCCACCAUCGUACGUACACUGUCGUUAUAAGUCUGCGUCCGGGGUGGAGCUGUUUUCCUAUUGUGCCGUGUUAGACGAUAGGAGCGCAAUCACAUCUCUCUAUGCAUAUCUUAGAGCACUUAUUGCUGCGCACAUAAGGCGGUUGCAGGAGAAGAUAGGCUCGGGGAAAAUGGCACUUGUACCUCUGGAAAAGCAUGCAAUCCAGCAGUUCUUCACAGAAAAACGGGCAAGCUCAUUGUCUUUUUCUCAGAUGUUUCCUGGGAUGCGCUUUCUUGGCCACUCGUCCCAUCUGGUUGUUGGAGAGAACUUAUAUGCAUACUUCUGUGGCGAGAAUUCACAGCUAUACCAAGAAGCGUAUACAUACUGGUAUGACUGUUUCAUGCUAGACCUCCUCUUCAACAUUCCUGACACGUUCUCUUUAAAGUUGUUCAAUGAAUAUGAAAAGAUUAAGCAGACAAUAGGCCAGCAAAUAAAGGACCGCAAAAAGACAGCUACACCGUUUAGUGAUUGCUAUAAGGUAUUGACGCACUUUAUAUACAUGCACAGUCUUCUCUCUGCCAGACGUCUUUUGCAGGCGUCCUCUGUAUUCUCGCUAGAGCGCGCUUCGUCUCUUCAGAGCAUAUUAUCAGCUCCUACAAGCCUGUCAACUACAGAACCUAGUUCGCGCGUCAAUUCCAUGGCUCAAUUUCCUUCGUCUCCGUGUGCUGGUAUUAUUACACAAGGAACAAGAGACUCCCUGCUAACCGACCAAGACAGACGCUAUCAGGUAGAGCUUAACAUUGUUCUCACGACCUUCUGGGACAUUUAUGACUGGGCAAGGGACAAAGGGGCCUUCUCCGUGCGCACUAUCAUGCACUUUGGUCAGUGCAUCUCUGCUGUUUCUAGCUCUCUUGUACUGGCGAUGAUCACUCUAUGUGAGCAACGAAGCCAGAGCACUGCGGCCUCUGUUCUUCUCAAGUGUUAUGCAGACUUUUGCAAUGCAGAACAAUACUAUCGUCCGGUCACAAAACUAGACGAGGCAGUUGCUGCAGCUGAGCGCAUUGGCAUGGUUGUUCCCAGAAUGACUUCCAGCACAUACCAGCUGGAGCAAUGCUGUAAGGAGCUCAUAUACUUUGCAACAAACAAGAGCUAUCUCUUAUUUAUGGACACAACUGCCUAUGUCCUGGACGCGCUGCUACGUCUCCCGACUAGACCUGCUGAAUUCACUACUGCUCAAGUUCUUAUGCACUUGCUGGGAUACAUCGUCCUGUACUCAGGUAUUCCUCGCUUGUGCAGAGCAAUAAUUGAGUCUCCAAUCUUUCAUCGCUCGACAGGCAACAUUUCUAAACUAGCUGACUCUCCAUCGUAUUCUGCUUUGUACAAAGCCAACGUGGACACUAUCGCAGAAUUCUUGACCAACAAGAACGCUAACGUACACUCUAGCCUAUUUGUUUCCUACCCCGUAUGCUCACGAUAUCGACGCUUAGCUGCUUACUCCACGACCCUAGUUGAUGAAAUCCUUGAACAUUGCUGGAGCAGCCCUCACUCUUGGUCCAUCAACACAGACGACUCUUCUGACAGCGAGACCUCCCCUGCUGACGUGGAUGUGGAUAAAGUAACCGUCAGUACCAGACUAGCUCGGCACUGCGCUGAGAUCCCUGAAACACCAUAUGUAUCUGAGAGCAUAUUAGAUGACGAUAAGAGGUACAACGAACACUUGCACAGACCAUGUGAAGAUCUGAAUGGGUCCAUGGAGAACUUGCUUAGUCCUGAGCUGAACACUAAUGUCUAUUCAGACCAGAAUGAGGCGCACGGAAGCUCGUCGAUCUUUGAUGCUGAGUACGAUGCGGCGCAUACUCUUUCAAGAAGAAAUAGUGUGUUCCGCAGUGCUAGAAGCUUAAGAAAUCGCAGCCUUAGUACCACGCAUGAGCUUUUGCCAGGAGAUCUCUCGGUCUACCGGGCCUUGACUGCGUCCAUUGCAGAAAGCAAAAGUGCCGGGCCUUCAGAGUUAGGUAGUACAGCUGCCUCCUUCACUAACUUCUUGAAGGAUGAGAGUCGACGCUCUCCCCCUGCAACUUCACGUUCAGAUGCCCGCACCACCGUGCAGCUUGCAGAGCUGAAACGACUGGGGUACUUCCACAUGUCUGCCAUCUCAAGUAUGGUUAGCAUAAUGCAGCUCAUAGACUUGCCGUCCGAAGCCCGCGCCCUCAUUUUGGGGAAGGCGUGUCUUUGCAUUACUUUCUAUGAGUCUUCUCUAGAUCACAAGGAGUUCUUCCGCACCCACCUGGCAAACAGAAUUAUUCGCCUACUUCUCUUGGCUGUCGAGCAGAGGCCCCAGGCAUCCACCAUAACAAGCAUUGUGCUUAUGUUCUUCGUUUGCGCUAAUUCGAAGCUAGACAUAUCUACGCUGGGAAAGAACUAUUACACCAAUGUGGAUAAAGGUCCCAUUCUUCCCUUUUUGCAGCCGCUUGCCUCUGCCAUACUCUCCUACUUCCUUUCCCUUGCACCACAUAUUCUGCUGCAAAGUAUUUAUGGGCGCUACGCUCUGCAAAGGGUGGGCGUUCUGAAUAGUUAUGUCGACCUCAUUGGGUUUCAGCAGCUCUAUCCUCAGUGUAUUGGCCAUGCGACCAAUCUCGACAAAGUUUUUGAAUUUGCUGUGCUCUGGUGCGACGCGUCAGUCUGGUUUCACAUACUUAAAGUUUUGUUAGUUGAAGGUUUCAUAAAUACCUCCGUUGACAAUCACACCCUAAUAUACAGGCGCACGUUAUUAAGAACGGACGGAGAUUUGGUUAUCCGCAUGAGGAACUUGACAUUCAUACGAACCAUUGACAGCUUGGCAAAUGGGACAAUUUACCGGGCUACUGCCCAGUUUUUAUUAACAUUGGGAGAGCACACGUGCAUCCAGACCGUGCUUUACUUAAUAUCGAAGUGUGUAAUGCCCCUACACGGAUACCGAGUGGGCAGACUUCUUUACAGCUUCCUCCGAGCACUGCUAUUGCAAAAGAAUCAGCGCUCAGACGACAGCAGAUCUGUCCUGUCCCUUCUAUGCCGGCUUUGCAAAGCAAUCUCCAUGGUAUCCUCCUUAGAUGUUAUGGGCAUACUUAGUGCUGGUCUAGUUCCCCUUUUCCGGCGGCAUCCUGAGCUUCUCUUGGGGAUCUUAUCAGAUAGAUACACAGGUUACCAGGAUCCUUCUGGCUGUAUAUUUCCACGUAGAUAUGGUCUGCUAGAGCCUCGGGAUUUUAUCAUUCGUCUGCUGGAGCAACAGUCGCCGGAGUUCAACCUUGAGAAACACCUCUCUGAUCUCCGUGUGCUGGCGUCUAAGAAGGAGAUGGACGUGUACGUCAUUCCGGGGUUCCGUCGCAAUCUUUCAGAAAUGAAGCUUGCGCUCUUCGAGCUUCUUCUGACCAAGUGUCGCGAUUUCAUUUCUAUGGGGCCAUAUCUCUCUGGGGAUUAUGAGAAGGAUGAGGUUGUAUCUGACUUGGUUUACAUUUAUCAUAUCAUCCGUCCACCACUAGACUCUUCUGACGUCUUGUCCCGUGCACAGUACAGUGCUUUCGCUAAGCUGCUGUUUGAGAGGAAGGAGCUCUACGGCGCCCUUCUCCAGCUGGCCGUCUACGUGGGCCACAUGUCAUGGGAUCACCUCUCCCAAGACGGGCACAAGGUGAGGAAGCACUUUGUUUACUCUGUUUUGGGCCUCUCUGUUUUGAAUGCAGAAGUGGACAUGAAUAACUAUAGUAGCUUCAUCACGUCCCUGGAGGCUAUAAAGUUCGAGGAUAGACUAAACUCUCCUCUACUAGUUCCGUUCGGGUGUGACAUGCCCGGAUUCUUUGUGCUGAGUUCGUGGGUGUAUCAAGUACUGGCUGUUUUCUGGGAGUAUAGUACAUAUCCGUGCGAAUUCAGCACAAUCCUCCAGAGCACCUUUCACAACCUAAAAGCUAUCAAGAGCAUCCCCGUAUGGGAACGCGAGGAUGAGGGUGCCGAGUAUGUAGACAGCGCAGAUAGUGACAUGCCGAUCGAAAAGCUUGCAACGUCUCUUUCUCUACCUGUUUCGCCUGCAAAUACCCAAGCAAGCACAUUAAAGGUCAAGCGGCCAAUCAAGCUGAACGGCUUCGGACUGCUCGACUGCUCCAUGCUCUGCCUGCUUCUCAUCGUAGGCUCUAAUAAGAAGCGCUUGGCGGACUAUACUAGCACCAUUAUAGACUGCUAUGACUGGGCAUGCUCCAUCGUUGAUUCAAAGAAGGCUAAGAAGGGGUUGGCUCUGUCACUUACGUUGUAUGCGAGCUUAUUUCUUUUGUCCUCUAACCGGCAAAUCGUCAAUGUUAACAGCAAGCAGAUCUUCGGGCCUACUUGUCAACUAGUUAACACACUCUACACCGUUAGCCUAAAAGGCAGUGAUCAAUCUGCACACCAUAAGGAAGCCUCAGCUUCUCAGCUAACAAAGAGCGUACCUGCAGCGACGGAUCUGACCGUUUCGGUAGUGUCAGAUAAGCUCGUUCUGAGUCACCUAUGUCCUGAUUCGAGAGUGCUGAACCAAAGCCUAGGAUCCACAACGACGUCAUCCAUAGAGCAGGCCAUCAAAAGUAAGGCAGAGGCAGAGCAGAGCAGUACCCUAGAUCAUAUGAGCUCGCUUGAGAGGAGCACAGUUUACGGGUACGACGUUCCUGUCAUCACUACACCCUAUCUCCUGCACAUCAUCCAUUGCCUGAUGGCAUUUACAGAUGUUUCAUCGUCUGAGCCCCUUCUUGACACAAUCAAAUCCUUAUUAAUACUAAUUUUGCGCCACUCACAAGUCCGUCGUCUCUUACCAGAGCUAGCCUCUCUUUUGGAGUUUACCAAAUGUGUUAUUAAGAAGGACACUCAGUUCAUACUAUCGAGUCUCAUACCCUCUGCUUCUGUCCUCGUCUGCUAUCAAACAGCAGCCGAUACCAACGUAACAUAUAAAGUUUUAGGAACCCUUGCAUUUCUAGUGGACAUAGAGUGGAGCUAUAGCGCAGCAUCCACUUCAAUUUCUGAUGCAUUAGCUCACUUGUACUCUCACGUCUAUACUCGGCCAAAUACGGAAGUUCAAGGGCUUUUAGCAUUUUUCGCAAGGCUAAUGGUUUCGGGAGGGAUAAGUAGUUACACCCAAUGCAACCUGCUCAGAUUGCUGACCAAUCUUGUAGAAAAGGCUCUGUUCUCCGCGCAAGAAGUCCUUAGUAUCAUAGAGAGUAUCCUUCAGGACGCGUGCUCAGAGAGCGUUGCGGCACAAUGCCUUAUUUCGGCCAGUGUACUGUUAAGUAUGUGA